GUCACUCACAAGCUAUUAGUCCAAUAUAAAUAAGAGACCAACAGUCUAGAAAACAGUAGCAUUAAAGGGAACAUCCAGCUUUCAAAAAAUAACCAGGGAAGAACGCGAAGAAAAUCUCCGAAAUAGAUUUCUGAAAGGCUCCAUAUAAGGCAGACAAUUGUUCGUGGUCAAAAUGUGGUUUCUAAUCACAUUAUUAAUGACGUGUUCACUUCAUGAAGUUGCUGAGUCAACUAGGCAAAAAUACUGGCCGUGGAUGAAGAAUGAGAUUAAACCGCAUGGUGCACAGUGCCUGGCUGUUGGCAGUAACGGGAAUGAAUACAGGGGUACAAUCUCCGUAACAUCCAAGGGACAUAGAUGCCUCUACUGGGAUCGAUUUCAAAAUAUAGACAGGACAGCUGUUUCUCAGGGACUUGGCUCACACAAUUAUUGCAGAAAUCCAGAUAACCGAAGCGGCCCAUGGUGUUGGGUUAGAGGACUAAGAAGAACAGUUCGCAGUUUCUGUGAUAUUCCACUGUGUAAGAAAGAAACAAAAACUCCAGUACAUGACACUGAAAUGACGUGCGGAGAACGAAACACAGAGGAUGUGAAAAAAUUUAAGAUUAUAGGUGGAUCAAGGGCUCCAAUUGAGUCUCAGCCUUGGCUGGCAGCCAUCUUUAAAGGAAACUUGUUUGCCUGCGGAGGUACGCUCAUCGCUCCCUGCUGGGUCCUCAGUGCAGCCCACUGCUUCCCUCCUGGACGAGGAGCACAAAAGGAGCAAUACACUGUCUAUUUGGGAAUGGAUGCCACCAAUGAAACUAAUCCAAAAAAAGAGCAGACGUUUAAAGUAGCAAAACUUCUGCUUCAUCAGAGCUUUAAUGCUGAAGAUGAGGAUUUUAACAAUGACAUAGCUCUGUUGCAGAUUGUAAACAGCAAUGGACACUGUGCAGAGAGGACACCUUCAGUGAGGACAGCAUGUCUUCCCCCAGCUCAUCACAUGAUACCCUAUGGAGCCUUCUGCCACAUUGCAGGCUAUGGCAGGGAGAAGAAUUAUGGUGUUCCUGGUAACUACAGCUAUUCUCACUACAUGAAGGAGACUAAGGUUCAAGUUCUCUCCCAGAGUGUCUGCGAGAGGGAGGACUACUAUGGAAAGAGGGUGACUGAAAACCAGUUUUGUGCAGCCAGCCCCAAAUGGACAGAGGAUGCUUGUCAGGGAGACUCAGGAGGCCCUCUGUUGUGUGAGGCGAAUGGCCGAAUGUUUCUGUUUGGAGUCAUAAGCUGGGGAGAGGAAUGUGCUAAAAAGUUUAAACCAGGCGUCUACACAAAAGUCACCAACUACAACAACUGGAUUGCAAAACAUACAGGGCUGCAUAGCUUCACUAAAGGAGUCAUGUACCCACGGAAAGAUUAGCUGUGUUACUUAGAGAAAGCACUUUGAAACUGCCCUUUGAUUCCUCUAAUAUUAACCAAAUGAUUCGUAGGAAUAAUGCUCUUUUUAAUUACAGUGGCCAGCCAAGUCAGGAAAAAUGAAAGCACUUUUAACCUUUGCCAAAAGUGGUAUGAUGUCAUUGAACCACUUAUAAUGUGCAUUCAUAAUAUGUACAGUACUUAUUUAUACUUAAUUUAUUUUCUAUCAAGUAAUGCUCUGUUUGUAAAUUAAUGUCUAAGCAUAAGUAUUUUAAUGCUUUUAAAUACGCUUUAUUUAAUUAGAAAACUUCAAAUAAAUAUGUAGGAAAAUGCCAGUUGUUGGAUAAUAUAUUUGAAAU